AUAAAAAGAGUUUUUCUCUUCUGGAAUCGUCUGUCAGACUGCAACUCCCUCAAUCAAUCUCAAUGGCAUCUGCUCACUCACUCUCAUCCGUUUCUGUUCUCGUUGCAGCCUCCAAACUCCCGUCUUCUUCCUCUUCUCCCCAUUCUAUCUCUUUUCUUCGAUCGAAACCUCGAGAGCUCUCCCUCCGCCUCAAAGGUGUGGCAAAAGCGCAGUCAAAAGAAGGAGAAGUAAGUCCAGUGGGAGUGGGAGUGGGAGAUGAUGCAUUCAGUAAUGUGAAGCAUCUUCUUCUGCCAGUGAUUGAUCGGAAUCCUUAUCUUUCGGAAGGCACCCGACAGGCUGCUGCUACAACAACUAGUUUGGCAAAGAAGUAUGGAGCUGAUAUCACAGUUGUAGUGAUUGACGAAGAAAAGAGAGAAUCAUCUGCAGAGCAUGAGACUCAAGUGUCCAACAUCAGGUGGCAUCUAUCGGAAGGUGGGUUUGAGGAGUUCAAGCUGUUGGAGAGGCUAGGGGAAGGGAAAAAGGCGACGGCCAUAAUAGGAGAGGUGGCAGAUGAGCUGAAGAUGGAGCUGGUGGUGAUGAGUAUGGAAGCCAUCCACUCGAAGUACAUCGACGCCAAUCUUCUUGCUGAAUUCAUCCCCUGCUCCGUCCUGCUCUUGCCAUUGUGAUUGCUCUCCUAGGCCUAAUGUCCAAUACCACUUCUUUUUUUUUUCUUUUGGUUUGUAUUGACAAGAGAGAGAGAGGAUCGAAAUGUGUCGAGGUGUGAGAUACAUGUGUUAAGCAUUUUCUGACUUUAUAUGUGUCCCCCUUUGCUGGUUGGUGUUUCUCUGUAACUCACAUUUUGUCAUUGAUAGUAAACGUGUUGGGCAUUCAAUUUUAAGAAGAAAAGUCUGUUUGAACCGUA